AAAGUUUCGAAUGCAGUAUUACUCCAGUACAGUACAUGAUGUCCACAUACUGAACGAGAAUAGAAAUAGGGUGGAACCGAGCACGUGCAGAAGAAACAUGUGGCGAGGAGACAAGUUGUCCACGAUGGCCACACGUCGCACAUGCGAACUGCUGCCUUCGUCGACGAGGACACCUGCGCCAUUUUUGGGUCCCUUCUUCCGCCCCCACGAUCUGUACCUCACCGUCUCUCGGAUUAGUAGGGUUAAACAUCCUGGUCCCAAAAGAAUCUCUCUGAAUCCACGAAAUUGACAGCGACAGGAAUUUAUAAUUCCUCUCCAAUUGGAAAGAGGCGUGCAGCUUCUUCCUCUCCUGAUAUUGAAACCGGCCACUUCGUUUUGACGCAUCCGUGCGCGUCUGUUCUUCCCUUCCAUCGACAUGGCCAUGGCCACGGGUGGCGCCGUUGGUGAGGACAAGGGUAGGAGGAAGAAGGUGGAGCUGCUGCAAGAAGCCAUCGAUGGGCUCCUCCAGGAGAAAAGGGGCAAGCCGCAGCAGCACCAACAACAGCGAGAGGGCGAAGACGCGAGCUCCACCAUGGUCCUGCGGGAUCAGGAGGACGAUCUCUUCCUCUCCUCGUUGCUCUCCAAGUUGGACGGGGUGGAAAAAGACGUUGAUCUGGACCAUGAUGAACCCAACUCCUUCCAUCCGAAACCUGAAAGCAGCAACGAGGUGGGGCUAGGCGAUAUAGCCAAAGACCUAAACAAAAUCAAGAGGCAGAACAUGAUCACCCACAUCCUGCUCGGCACGGUGAUCGUCAUGACCGCCGUGUGGCAAUUCAACGAAGUGUCCUUCCUCCUAAGGGUGCAGGAGAAACUGAGCAAUCCAUUCAAGUACCUGGGUGAUAUGAUCAAGAGUUCCCUGAAAAGAGAUAGGAAGGCGUCCAUCGAGGCAUCGCCUCUGCCCCCCGUCGGCGUCCCGGAUGUUACUCGGGCUGAUUUGCCAAUGCUAGUCAUCGGCAACGAUGAUGGCUAGGCUAGAUCCAUGGGAUGAUGAAAAUCUAAUUCGUGCAACACAGGUGCCAUCCUGUUUCUCCCCUUCCAGUUCAUGCUGCUGAUCUUCCCUACAGGUCAAGAUUUGUAUGGUCAUCUUGAUAUUAAGUGGAAGGCAAUGCAUCUUGCAAGUAGGUUCGUUUAGACGUGUAGAAAAACAAGAUUCCAUUGGUUCCUAAAGAACCAUGUUUUGUAGACUAAGCAGCUUCUAUUGUGUUGUCAAUCCUGAUUCUGUAUGUUCUGGCUUGCUACUUCCCGAGAAUUUGUUCUUUCUCAAUGUGCAUCAAAGUUGAGUUAUGUCAGGAA